AUGUACACAGUCGACCAAUCGCAGCUGAAACAUCAGGACACUUUCAAUGAAGAGGGCCAGCAAGAUUCAGGUGUCAGCAACCCACCCCCCAUCACAAGGACAAUGCCGGGUGAGUUUGGCAUGGUACGGUCCACGCCAAAACGCGAUAAGCCUUACAAAUGUGGCAUCUGCCGAAAGGGUUUCACCCUUAAAGCCUACCUGAACCGUCACCAACUGGCUCCUGAAGCAGGGAAACAUUUCCAUUGUCCGUUUUGCUCGAAAGUUUUCCCCCAGCGCGAUCGCCUUGACAACCACCAGCGCACCCACACUGGGGAGCGGCCUUUUGUGUGUGAUAUUUGCCACAAGGCCUUCUCUCAGAAAUCCCAUCUCAAUACACACAAAUAUGUGCACAGUGGUAUAAAGCCAUACCACUGUGUCCUCUGUGACCGUGUCUUCUCGCAGAAAGACCACUUGACGAAGCACCAACGUACGCACACUGGCGAGAAACCUUUUCAUUGCAACGUGUGUAUGAAGGCCUUUGCACAGCGCACGCACCUCAAGAAGCAUGAACUGAUUCAUUUGAAUGGCGGAAAGCCUCGGGGUGGGGGCAACAGUGUAGCAGGAGGUGGGAUGUGCACUGGUGGAGGAGGAGGUGGCAGUGGUGGUGGGUAUUGUUGCCCACAGCAGCAGACACAACAGCAGCAGCAGCAGCAGCAACACCACCAUCACCACCACCAGCAGACACAGCAGCAGCAGCAGCAGCAGCCGCCACAACACCAUCACCACAACCAGUCGCACCAUCACAUGCAGAACACAUCAUCACCAUCUUCGCACAUGUCGCAAUCUUCGCACAUGUCACCUUGUGCUGCCUGUUCCCCGUGUGGCCCCUCAUGUCAGUCACCACCACCCCCACUUCCACACAGUCGGCAAAACAACUACUGUUCCAGCCAGGGCAGAGGCAAUUGCAGUUACAGCAACACAAACUCCUCCUCCUCGUCCUGCUCAUCGCCGUCACCCUCUUGCUGCUCAAUGCAGAUGGGUCCUGAUUCGGUGCCUGAUUGCUGCGAUCCCUCCUGGAAGCACGACAUGCAGUACUCGUCAAAUUGGAACUCGAAUCAAAGCUGGUCGAACCAGGCCCCUUCAUCAUAUGAGAUGGGGCAGAGCAAAUGUGAGAGCCAAGAAGCUGUGCACAAUAUUCAGACAUUGAUGCAAUGA